CACCUUUUCCAGCUUGUCCACCAGCACAACACAUACACAUACACACCAUAUACACAUAAGUUGAAAUGCCGGUACGGUUGUCUUCUGUAGUCGGCUUGGUCAUUUCAACACUCUUGCUUGUGCCUGGAUCGCACACUGCAAUCAGUCCUGAUGAAGUCGAGUUUAUUUCGCAAGCCGAUCAAGCAGCGAACGCAUCACUCUUAUGGGGAACCUAUCGUCCUAAUCUGUACUUUGGUACCCGUCCACGUCUCCCGGAAUCCGUAAUGACAGGCAUGAUGUGGUUCGACGCAAGCCAUCUCCAGGGUUUCCAACGUGCCCGUCAUGCAUGCGACCAAGGCGACGGUAUCAAGGGAUAUGGCUAUCAUAAGCACGAUGGCCGACGUUAUGGUUUACAGACGAUUAACGAUGGUCCAAGCAAUAUAGCCAUCACAACCGAGUUUGUCAAAAUCCCAGGCGGCGAGCAUGGCGGUAAUUGGGGUGUUCGUAUCCACGGUGUGCCGAUGAAGGAUCAAGUUCCGUCGAUCACCAGCAUCAUUUUCUACAUGGGUCUAGAGGGUGAAGGAAGCAUGGAUAUUGUUAGCAAAAUCUCAAAAAAGGGAUUGGAAUCGCCUGUUCGUCUCGAAGGCGAUACACCGGAUUUGGGUGAUUUUGAAUUCAAGAUUGUUGAUGGGCCACUGAACAACGUACCUGGUCCGGGUAUCCAGCAGGAUCUGUCACGUACGCAAUGGUGGGGCUUACAAACUCCAGAAAACGAAGUUUGGAAAGCCAAAGAUAUCAUUAUGCCAAAUUUGCUCCUUUCCGCACGAGAACGAUUGAUGCAAGAAAGCAAUCAACAGGAAGCUCUGGAUAAGCCAUAUGCUUAUUUCACAUUAAAGAACGAAUUGACCGAAGAAGAAGAUGAAAUUGCGAAUCUCUAUGCUUUCCAAAAGGUGUUCAAGGGCGAGUUCCAGUUUGAUAUUCUCUUCGAAUCAGGAAGCUCUCCCAAAAAAAUGACAAGCGAGGCUUUGGGAUCGGAACUCACGCGUCAGCGAGAAGAAUUCGAAGCAAGGUUUGAAAACGUGUUCCAUCUUCAAAGAAAAGGAUUUUCCGGGAAGGAGGUCGAGUUUGGCCAAUUUUUGUUGAGCAAUCUGCUUGGUGGCAUGGGUUAUUUCCAUGGUUCUGCAGUCGUGGAUCGGUCACAUCCUCCUAUGCAAGAUGAGGAAAGCUUUGAUGGCGCUGCUACCAAACCUGAAUUCACGUCACCUCAAUCACUAUUCACUGCUACACCUAGUCGCCCCUUCUUUCCGCGCGGAUUUUAUUGGGAUGAAGGUUUCCAUCAGCUUGUGAUUGGCAAGUGGGAUAACGAUCUCAGCCUUAACAUUGUCAAGCACUGGGUAUCACUUAUUGACGACAAUGGAUGGAUUGGUCGUGAGCAGAUUUUGGGCGACGAAGCACGCAGCAAAGUUCCUGCCGAAUUCCAAACCCAAUUCCCUCACUAUGGCAAUCCGCCCACACUCUACUUGGCUAUUAGUCGAUAUGUCCAAAGACUCUUGAGCCACGAAGAACAUCAUCAACAAAAUCUUGGCGGUGCUGGACAACAAACAGUCAGGAUGGGCAGCAUAGACGACGCUGAUCUUUUGCGCACAAUGCAUCUCGACAACCCAACGAUGGCAAGCGCCUGGCUCGAAUCUGUCUACCCCAAACUGAAGCUCAACUGGCAAUGGUUCCGCACAAUGCAAAAGGGUCACAUUGAAGGAUAUGGUCGUCAAGCGCCUAACAAUGAAGAAGCGUAUCGCUGGAGAGGUCGCACACCUGAACAUACCCUGACCUCUGGCUUGGACGAUUAUCCACGCGGUGAACCACCUAACGUGGGUGAAUUACAUGCUGACUUGCUGUCCUGGAUGGCAUUUGCUACGCGCAUGCUUAAGGAUAUAUCCAGUCAUCUUGGUCCAGAAUAUGCUGAUGAUGUCGAGGAAUACACUCGUAUUGAAAAGAACAUGCUGGAUAAUUUGGAUGCUUUGCACUGGAACGAGGAACAACAAGCGUACUGUGACCAAACUAUGGAAGAAGGCAAACCAGUGCAUGUGUGCCAUAAGGGCUACGCAACUCUCAUGCCAUUUGCGCUCGGAUUGUUGCCUGCAGAUUCCCCGAAGCUGGGCGCUACCUUGGAUUUGAUUGCCGAUGAAGAUGAAUUAUGGUCUCCCUAUGGUUUGCGUUCCUUGUCAGCAUCUGAUCCAAAGUACAGAACGGGCGAAGUGUACUGGCGUGGUCCGAUCUGGAUGAAUAUCAAUUAUCUCACUUUGCAAAGUCUUCAUAAUAACUACAUCAAUGUUCCCGGUCCUUAUCAAGAACAAGCCCAAAAGAUUUACACCUCUUUGCGCAAGAAUAUCAUCAACAACGUUUACAAGGAUUAUCGCAAGACAGGAUAUGUCUGGGAGCAGUAUGACGAUAGAACUGGCGAAGGCUUGAGGAGCCAUCCUUUUACUGGCUGGACCAGCUUAGUCCUACUCAUCAUGGCUGAAGAAUACACAUAGAACAGAAACUGUGUGUCAUGGUUAUGUUAAUGUGAUUGCUUUUUCUUUUGCUUUCAUUAUUGAUAUUGGAACAAGUGAGACCAUAAAACCUUUUUGGGUACAUCUGACUACUGUCAUAUCAACAAAACGAAGAGAGAGAGAGAGAGAGAGAGAGAGAGAGAGA